AUGGGAGAAGCGUUGCUGCGUGCUGAAGUUCAGGCGAUCCGCGAACGGCUCAGCGCGCACAAGACAUGGUUGCAGCGCCUGGACAUCGAGGACAACAUGAUCGAGCUCAAGAUAACAAUGCAGGGGAGUGCUCGCCGUCUCCGCUAUCUCGUCUACGAGGCCGAUGUGUAUCCCAACAGUGGAGGCGUGAUGAUGAGCGAGGACGAUGCAGAUGCAGAUCUGGUGGAAGCCAUAAAUGUCCUCUUGACAGCAGAUUCCAUCACUGUGAUGGAUGUGCUGCGGGCCACUUUGCGGGCAAGCAAGGUUGCCGACGCUGACCUCCUGGCCUGCUUAGAUGAUGGGGCAGCUGAUGGUGUGCAGGAUCAGCAGUCCGAUGCCGACGGAACUAUUGCCUUUGAGGGCGAUGAUGACGGAGGAGUGGACCUUUGCAUCGAGACACCCUCAGAGCGUUCAGAGCGUCCCGGCUGGAAAAAGAUGAAGUGGCAGGAAGUCGAAGAGCAAAGAUUGGAAGACCAGCGCCUGGCGCAGAGCCAACUGCAGAAGCGGCGGAAAGGGGAGAUGAGUAACGAAGAGCUGCGGGCAAAAGGCGAGCAAAUUUUCAACUCCAGCGAGGCUUUCAACAUCUUGUCUAACGAGCUGUUCAGCCUUCAGACGCAUGUGACUGCUGGUGUCGAAGCCGAUGCCAUCGACUUCAAUGUUCACUGCUGGGUCGUCAAGCUGCGCGGGUUUUCCCAAGAAAUGGCACAGGACUUGCAGCAGCUUCAAGCACGACACGGUUAUGACUACGUCGAGCUCCGAGUAAACUUUCGAGAGGACUUGCAUCCCUUUUACCCUCCAUCUGUCUCUAUCGUGCGGCCUCGGCUUCUGGGAAGACACGACGUGCAGGCUGCUUUGGCUUGCCACCCACGGCUGCAGCUGAAGGGUUGGAGCCCGUUUCAGUCGUCCAAGGACAUGCUGAUCUCCAUCCGCAGCUUCUUGGAUCGCCUGGCUCGAGUGGAUUUGGAGAGCGACAGGAAUGCGAUUGCCGAUUUCCCUGAGGGCGCCUUUUCUGUGAUAGAGCAGCAUCUUGGGCUUUUGCGUCGCCUUCGGGGUAUCAUUCCUGUCGACCUUCGCCUUGAGACUUUGGGAAAUGCCUACGAGGACGACCCAUGGGCACAGAGUGAAGAGCUCCAAUCGAGCUCUUUCAGUGCCAUGGUCUCCGGAGGCAAGAAGUCCUCCUCGUCGUCAGCAGGAAGUGCAGGGAGCUCGGGACGAUGGGCUGCCGGUGUGGGCUACGGCACUGCGUGCAUUGCAAAAGGACACGACGGCUGGGAUCCUGCAGCAUUGCGAGCUGCACAGGAGGCUCAGGACCUGGAGCUGCAGCAGUUGGUGUCGUCGAUCAGCAGAAGCUUGGCACGGUACGACACUGGCAAGGACGACUUGGCAGAUCUCCUGUCCAAAUCGUGCUUGGUGCCUUUCCUUGAAGGAGAACUUUCCACCUCCUACACAAGUAUGGGUGAGAGAUGCGGCAUCUUCCAGGAAGUCUUGACGUUGGUGCAGCAGAUGCUGGCAAGCUUGCCGCAGCAUGCGCCUCGCUUGCUACAACCAAUCCGAACCCACUUGGCAUCAGCCAAGGCUGCAGCGGAGACCUUCCAACGUUGCCUGGGCGAGUGUGCCUCUCACGAGGAUACUGCCAGGGACGUGGCCUUCGCCAAGCUGGUGGUGACAACAGCCAAUGAUCUGGAAAGGCUUUGCCACACACCACAAGCAACUUCAGCAUCAGGUAGUGCUCAAAGUGAGUACUGGCGAAUGCUAUCUGCACACCAGCUGGACUCCAGCAGCAUUGAAGAUGGACAUGCAUUUGAGCACGUGGCGCGGAACGAGCACUGUGUACCACAGGCACGCACCGUUCGAUUGGCCAAGGAGUUGGCUGGACUGGCCGCUUUAUUGCCGCUGUCCGACUCCUCCUCGGUACUUGUCCGAAGCGGUUCGCAGCGACAGCAACUUUGGCGGGCUUUGAUCACAGGGCCGGAGGACACUCCUUACAGUGGUGGCUGCUUCGUCUUUGACAUUUACUUCCCUGUUGGCUACCCAAAUGGCCCACCAGAGGUGAAGCUCUUGACGACAGGUGGCGGCACUGUCUGUUUCAAUCCCAACCUGUACAGCAACGGCAAAGUGUGCCUAUCUUUGCUGGGAACUUGGCAAGGCGAGAGAAGUGAGAGCUGGGAUUCCCAAAGCUCUCGCGCGGUCCAGGUGCUCAUAUCCAUACAGUCGUUGAUCCUCGUGCCGCAGCCAUAUUUCAAUGAGCCAGGUUAUGAGACACAAAUUGGUACACCUCGUGGAGACAGCCUGAGCAAGGCCUACAAUGCGGCAGUGCGUGAGAACUGCAUCAGGUGGGCCAUGAUCGAGAUGCUGAGGGUGCCCAGACCAGAGUUUGCCGCGGCCAUCAGGCUGCACUUCAAGCUUCGUGGCCCCAAGAUUCAGGAAACAGUGGAAGCGUGGAUUCAAGAGGCCGACAAUGCUGCGCAUCGUGCAAAGCUGGUUGAUUUAUCCAAGCAGCUCAACAACGAGUUGCAGAGGUUGCGGGGCGUGUCAGUGGCGCUGAGUCAGCUGUCCGAAGCUUGCCAAGAGCAAGAACAGCCAUCCUUGAAGGCUAUAGCUCUCGUAUGCUCUGGUGCUGCCUUUGUGCCCUGCCCUGUCUUUCGCGAGCUGGAGAUGGCUCUCACACAGGCUCGGCAAUGA